UCGAAGGCUGCGACUGUGUCAUUUGAACCGCCGGAUGGUAGGCUAUAUGUUGGCAGCAAAGAUGUUAUCACGUGCGUUGUGAAGGACAACCCGACACAGGAUAAUCCGGGAACAUUCGCUCUAACAGCGGACCCUGACAAUCCAAGUCUGCUGUCCCUGGACAACAAAAAAGCUCAAAUCAAGCCACCCGCUGAUUCUGGCGUAUAUACGACUGCGGGAAAUACCUCGGUGACGUGUCGGUGGACCGGAGCUCCAGACGCAUUAGUCUUAUUAGGAUCUUUCUUGUGCGGGUUUGAAGUCCUCGAAGAUGCGUCGAAGGCUGCGACUGUGUCAUUUGAACCGCCGGAUGGUAGGCUAUAUGUUGGCAGCAAAGAUGUUAUCACGUGCGUUGUGAAGGACAACCCGACACAGGAUAAUCCGGGAACAUUCGCUCUAACAGCGGACCCUGACAAUCCAAGUCUGCUGUCCCUGGACAACACAAAAGCUCAAAUCAAGCCGCCCGCUGAUUCUGGCGUAUAUACGACUGCGGGAAAUACCUCGGUGACGUGUCGGUGGACCGGAGCUCCAGACGCAUCGGCGGAGAACACACUGAGGGUCGAGGUUUUGCGUGAGUUGCGCUAUGUUUCAUUCAGCCUG